AUGCUCCACACCACGUCCAUCCACUACUUCGAAGGACUCCAGACGAACAUCCGCAAGCGCAAGCCCUCCCAAUACUCUGGAGAGGACAUUGCACAGAUGGCAGAGGACAACAAGGAAGAUACAAAUGAGUUGACAAUCGCAGGUCAAUAUGAAUUCAAUCUCAACAAUGUCAUGGUUGACAACUUCCUUGAAGCCUCCAGAGCUGAGCACAAUUCUUACUGUCAUGAAAUGCUCAACGUCAGCGCCAAGAUCGACAAAGCACUGAUUGAGAUUGGCUACAUGGACAAGGAAGCAGCAGCACAACAUUUGGAAGCAGAGGAACUCACCCACGAGAACAUCUGUGACAAGGCCGAGAACGCUUACCGUACACUCUUUGACAAGCAUCAAUGGCCCGCUGCAAGACCCACCAUCCGAGAUUCCAAGGCUCCGUAUGCUAAGAUGGCCAAGACAUUCACCCCCGAUGACGUCCAGAACCAUGCAUACGCUCUGAUCCACCAACAGACCGGUCCAAAGGGCAAGGCCAAACCUGACGACAUCUGUUUGAACUGUGGGGAGAAAGGACACUGGGCUCGCGACUGCAAAAGUGACAAGAAGCCCAAGCGACCUUUCAACAACAACAAGAAGACUUUCAUGGCUGAUCAAGUCUUGACUGCAUCCUCUUUCUUGGCCGAUCAAGUCACCUUCAUGAUGAGUCAAGCUACCGCCGCCCCCGCCUACCUAUUCACUGCCGCUUCCACUGUCAUUGCUGCCUUUGAGGGAUCUCCGACCAACCGCCUUGUCCCACUCCUGUGGUUCAUUCUCUUGAUCCUUGUGUCCCUUCCUACCAAAGGGCAACACCGUCUGAUUGGGUCCACGCAUCAAGAGUUUGGCCCGUUCCGGAUGACCAAAGCAAAGUACAAACGAUACAUUCGACACUGCCGUCAUCAGCGCCGCCCCACUUCCUUCAGCCAUCGCCGUCACACCCGUCACUAUGGUCUCGCCACCCGCUGUCGCCUCGACCCACGAUCUCAGGAUAUCUUUGACUUGGUCCAACAUAUCAUUCAGUUUUCGGAGUCUCUCACGUUUUGUUGUUCCCGUCGAGAGGGAGAUAAUUGGAGAAGCAACAGAAGACAUCAGAGAAAUCAAAAUGAUGAUCAAAGCAAUUGGCAGAGAACAAACGACGGUUGGAGAAACAUGAACAACAACGAACCUAGGACCCCUCGUGCUACCACUUCCCGUGAAAUACCCCGUGAUGACCAUCGGCGUUAG